UUUUCUUCCGGUGCGUUGGAAAAAAUGGGUUAGGGCAAUUGACCCGUUUCAAAUAGUAACAGUUCCUUCUGUAAAUUUCCCUCCAAUCGGACCCCGCCGUUAAUCCGUUCACUCUCCGGCUAAAAAUGGAAGCCAAUACUCCUCAGUUUAAGCUAAUUUUGGGAUCUUCCUCUACUGCUCGGAGAAAGAUUUUAGCGGACAUGGGAUACCAAUUCACAACCAUGUCGGCAGAUAUAGAUGAGAAAGCUAUCCGGAAAGAAAAGCCCGAAGAUUUAGUUAUGGCUCUUGCUGAGGCAAAGGCUGAUGCUAUCAUAUCAAAAUUUCGAAAAACUGAAAACCUAGAGAAGGAUGUCAAUCCAACAAUUUUGGUUGCAGCUGACACAGCAGAAGCCAUCAUACCAAGGGUUUCCAUUGGUGAAUCCGAAGGGGCUGCUGAGCCAACACUUCUAAUUACCUGUGACCAAGUGGUGGUCUAUGAAGGUGUUGUCAGGGAAAAACCAUCCAGUGAAGCAGAAGCACGGCAGUUCAUGAAAGAUUACGCCAACGGACAUGCAGCAACCGUGAGUUCUGUUCUUGUCACAAACCUGGCAACUGGAAGCAGAAGAGGAGAGUGGGACAAAGUAGAGAUCUAUUUCCAUGAUAUACCAGAUCAAGUCAUAGAUAAACUGAUUGAGGAAGGGAUAGUUCUUUAUGCCGCUGGUGGCUUGAUAAUUGAACAUCCUCUCGUUUUGCCUUAUAUUAAGGAAGUGGUUGGCUCAACUGAUAGCGUGAUGGGUCUCCCAAAAGCUCUCACUGAAAGACUUAUAAAAGAGGUUCUCUAAUAUGACUAUGGUCCUGCUCCUACCUCAUUCCUAUUUUUGACAUUUCUGAAUGAAUUUGUGAUCUAUAAUUUUGAUGUAUGAGAUGUCUUGUGCAUACCUGUUAUCUUAUAAUCGGGCUUCUGCAGACAUUUGUAGAACAUUUGUGUUGUUCUACGUUCAAAUAUCCUCUUACUGUACAUCUCAUUGUCGUAAUGACAUAGUUGGUUAUGACUUAUGGCCUA